UGAGAGAUGCGACCAACCGUCCACUCACUGAGUUCAUGGCUCCCUGUAUUGACUCCCUCCCACCACUGGCUUUCACCAAUCGGAGGCCUAUACCAACCAUGUUGCAUCCCCCCUCUCCAUUGGCCAUACGCGCUCAGGAUGCACAGCGGUUCAUUGUAUUUUCCUACUUUGUCCCUGCUGAAUGCCCAGUUGCCACAGAAGCCACUGCAGAUGUAUCUGCUGGUAAAAGAGAGGACUUAUCGACAGAUACACAUCUUUCCUCAAUGCUUCAUCGAUACCUGCCACACUUCUUUAACGAUGACUCCAUUCCACCACAGCAGACAGAGGGAACCACUGAGGUCUCAGUUGCUCCAGUGGCAAUAUCUAAUAUCAAGGAAGAGGACAGAUUCUAUCCUUUCUCCCUUCCACCACUGGCUCAGCGGUUCAUUGGCAAUUCAUUCAAUGUCCCGGAAACCUCCCAGCUUGCUGUUUCAGCCACGGAGUGCCGAGUUGCCAAUGUGGCCACUGCAGGUACAGCCACUGUCAAGAGAGAGGAACUGACAGGUGAUAAAAGCCCUGUCCAUGCACUUCCUCCAAGCCUGGAAUGCAUCCAUGACAAGGACCACAAGCAGCCAGAUCAGAAAGGGAGGGGCACUACUGUGGAGUUGGAUAUCUGCCCUCACGGUCACCAGCUGGUCUCAGAUGCUAACUUAACUCUGGCAACCCGCAAUGAUGAGCUGCCCACCCCUCUGAUCUGCGUGGUCACUAAGAUGCCUGUUAGAGUGGGAGCCUCCAUAUGCAGGUCAGAGGAUGAGGAACCCAGGCCCUGGACCCUGGAAGAGGCAAAGGAUUAUUGCAUUGGCAUUGAAAUUGAGAGUGAAGAGAGGAGCGUCAAGGAGAUGAGCCCGAAGGAGGGAUUGAAGCAUGAGGCAGACUGUACCCAUUCCAAGUGCUCCAAUGGGAUGGUUUCAUCAGAGAGAGCAGUGACCAUCCUGGGAAGAGUGGGCUUUCUGGUCAUGAACCCCAUGAAGAAAAUCCCGUUUUUGAAGAUGAAGGAAAAAGAGGAAAAUAAGAAACUGAAUAAGAAGUUGAAAGAUGAUGAGAAAGAGAGAAAGGAGAUGAAAGACAAGGAGGAGGAGCAAAAAAAGAGGGAGAAGAAAGAGAUGAAUGAGAGAGAGAAAGAGCAGAAGAAAGUCAUGAAGGCUGAGAAAAAGAGGGAGAAGUUAGAACAGAAAAAGAGUGAGAAGGAAAGCAAAGAGAAGGAAAAGGCAGAGAAAAAGAGGUUAGAGGGGCUGAUGAAGAUACAUAAUGCCAUGAUGAAAGACAGAAUUAAGAAAGAGAAGAAGUGUUAUGAGGAGCUGAAAAAGAGAGAGAAAGCUCAAGCUGAGUUCCUGGAGAUGGAGCGAAAGAUUCAAGUAAAAGAGGAGAAGAAGAGAGAAAAGAUGAGGAAAGAGGAGAGGAAGAGACUGGAGAAGAAGAAAAAGAGGGAGCCAGCUGGAGGUGGAACUGAGAGGGUGAUAGAAGUGCAGGGAAGGGAUGAAAGCUUGAAGAUGGAUGAGUAGACUGGGUAAUAGA